AUGCAGGAUUUUUCAUUCCGUGGGAAAGGCUGGUUCAAAGUUGGGACUUCCCUUUUCUUGGCCAUGGCAGGGGUUGCUCUGUUUCUGUACAUCCCUUUAGUCAAGAGCCGCCAUGAAUGGCGUUAUAAGUUAACUGGCUUCCCGGCGCCUUCCUCUAGAGUUUUCGGGCGAGGUGAACAGGUGGUGGACGCCAUGGCGAUAGCGACAAUGGCCUUCGUUUUCCUCGUUGACCUUGUCUCCGUCCUCCAGCAGCCUCAAGUCCUCCCUUUCUCUGGAGCAAACUACUACAUUUCCUUCCUUCCAGCUUCGCAGAAAUCCCCCCCAAGAAUGAUUUUGGAUCCGCAUGCAAGUUUGGUUCUCAAGGGAUACAGGGCCUUCUCGGCCAUGGCAGGGGUUGCUCUGUUUCUGGAUCCCCUGUUUCUCUACAUCCCUGGAAUCAACAGCAGACGCGAAUGUGCCAUGAGUUUCGACGGAAACCUGCUGAUUACUGCUGCGGUGCUGCGUUCCGUCGCCGAUGCUCUCCACCUGAUUCCACUCUUCUUCCAGUUUCGAACCGCGUUCCCGGGGCCUUACUCGAGAGAGUUCGGGAGCGGCAGGAUGGUGGUGGACACGUCGGCGAUCGCGAGUAGAUACCUGUUUUCGUUUUUCCUCGUGAUCGUCGUUGUAGCUUGGAUUUCUGGGAAGAACAGAGGAUCCAGAAUGUUGACCGCCAUUGCCAUCUUGCAACCCGUGAUAGCUUCUCAGUUCUUGCCUAGACUAUUCAGAUUCUAUCAAUUCAUUCAGGAAGUGAGAAGUACUACUACCCUUGCUGUGAAAAAAGCUGCAUCUGCCAGGAUCGCGAUUACCAUCUUUCUUUACAUCAAUGCUGCCCAUGUUGUGGGAGCAUUCUGGUACUCCUUGGCCAUCCGCCGAGAAAUGGGUUGCUGGCGAGCAGCCUGUGGUAAUCGCGCCGGAUGCGAUUACAACACAAUGCUGACUUGUGGGAAUGAUGGAUGGAUGAAUUACACGUCUUUUCUUAAUCAGAGUUGCCCGAAAGGAGGAGGAUCGGAUUUCAAUUAUGGGAUGUAUGCUGAUGCUAUUAGCUCUGGGGUGCUGGAGUCGACAGAUUUCGGCAACAAGUUGCUAUACAGUUUCUGGUGGGCUCUCCAAAGUCUGAGUCAUCGGUAUCAUCCAGGUAAAAGUGAUCGUGCGGUGCAAGAUCGUUUUACAUUCUCCAUUGCUGAUUUCGUCGUGAAAAUCUCUCUAACAAGGAGGAGAAAGCUUCUACCUGUGCAGACAAGGAUGCUAGCAUCAACCAUUAGAAUGGAAGAGAUGAGAAUGAAAUGGGAAGGUGUGGAGAGAUGGAUGGGUUCCCAUUAUAUCCCGGAGGACUUAAAGAGGCGGCUAAAGCGACAUGAAGAGUUCAGAUGGCAGAGGGAUCAAGGUGUUGACAUCCACAAUGUGCUACAGAGUCUGCCCAGAGACCUGAGGAGGGACAUCACUCGUCAUCUCUGGUUGGAUCUUCUCAGGAGUGUGCCAAUAUUCUCAACGAUGGACGAUGAGCAACUAGAUGCAAUGUGUGAGCGCGUUAAGCCAGCACUGUACACGGGAGGAAGCUACAUUGUUCGCGAGGGAGAUCGAGUCAACGAGAUGCUGUUCAUCAAGAGGGGUGUAAUACAAACUACAGGCACAUAUGGCGGGAGCUCUGUCUUCUUCAGCGCGGAGCACCUCAAGGCUGGUGAGUUCUGCUGCGACGAACUUCUCAGUUGGGCUCUGGGACCCUACUCUUCGUUAUCAGACCUUCCAAUCUCAAUCACAACCGUUCAAACCGUCACGCAUGUGGAGGCUUUCGCGCUUACAGCUGACGACUUGAAGUUUGUGGCUACACGGUUCCGUUGGGUUCGCAACAAGAAGCUCCGCCACAGGUUCAGGUUCUACUCACACCAGUGGACGACUUGGGCCGCUUGUUUCAUACAAGCUGCUUGGCGGAGGUUCAGAAAGAAUAAACUAGAGAUGGCGCAGAGGCGGGAAGAGGACAGGUUGGGAGAUGCAUUGGCUGCCGAGUCGACACCCCUUGGCGCCACCAUAUACGCCUCGAGGUUUGCUGCCAAUGCACUACGGCUUCUAAGCCGCAAGUCGACUGGUAAGGGUACAGUGCCUCUACCGUCUGUGUCAGCGAAAAAGCCAGCAGAGCCAGAUUUUAGUGACGAUGAAGUUCAGUCAAGUGAGGAAAUAUGAUAGAUCAAAUGUGAUUCCGUGUCUCUGAAGUAAUGAUUUUAAUUGUUGUAAACUGUAUCAAGAUUAAUGUAGAAAUGGGAAGAAAGAAAAUUUGGGACUGGCUUUUGUUUAGUUCAUCUAGUGCCUUGACACAGCAUCCGUUGUCAUCGCCCAAAGUAAAUUUCCUCUGUUGGUUCAACAACCAAACCAACCACAAUAAGUCUAACCUUAUAAGAGCAGCAAAGAGUUUGCAACCAGGAACAAGAUUCUCA